AUUUGAUGGAAAGGAGCAUUGUUACUACCAUGUUAUCCGCUAUACCUUAAAAUCCGCUACUGCCUAAACAACUGUACCCAUAGGAACCGAGUUAUAUGGGCGACUGCAUAAUUUAGGGAAUAUUCCAGCUAAAAGUGAAUGGUUAUUUUAACCGAGUUCCCCGUUCAUAGGCUUUGCUUUCUUUCAUACUACAAGGAGCUCGCUUUGAGGCUUUGUCUUUUUCACACGGGGAAGUCAAAGACCGGGCCCGUGAAGCGGGUCCGGGCUUUGGCUUGCCCUGCUAUAGACUACACGUGUAUAUUUAAAAGAAAAUCAAAUAAAAAACAAUUAAAAAAUAUAUAUAGAAUUCUAUACCUAUCAAUGAAAUUUUCAGUGUCAGUUCUAGUCGGGCGCCGCCAUUUACAAUGUAACUCAAUGAUAAAAGUCGGGGUAUUCCGAUAACGGAACAAAUCUCAACUUUUCUGAUCAAUGAUAAACGUCGAGUGUUCCGAGUGAAAACGGAAGCGGUGCAUGUAAUACCGAAUGACAAUUUUAAAACGGAAAGAAUGAAAGGAAUUUUUUAACGACUUCCCCGUUCAUAGGCUUUGCCUAAUUUCAUAUUAUUAUCUAGGAAGCUUUGUUUGGAAAAAAAAUCCAAUGUCGCGGAAACAUGUGUUAAAUGUGUAAAAUAGGAAGUUAGGAACGUUUUCACACCAUACAUUUCCACAGAUUCAUACUUAGCAAGUGGAUGGUCAAUUUUCUUAGAACUUGAUUUCGAAACUGAUUGUUUCUCUUUCAUUAGACGCCUCAGAUCAUCUUUAGUCACAAUCUUUUUCUUUUUGGACGCCAUCUUGAAUAAUAUUCUUGAUCCAAAUAUUCGAAUGAGACUUUCAUUUCAUGUUAAAAGUUGUGUACGUGAAAUUUGACAAACAAUAUUCGAACGAAAUUGUUAUCAUUUUAAGUGUUUUUCUAUUCGUGUUUUAGUAUAUUUUUUGCUCUUUAAAAUUUUUUGACUCUACAUAGUUUUUAUUUAUUUUUUUUAAAACCGCGAACAAGGGACAGAACUCUAGUGUGGACUCCGGGAACGCAUGCAGAAAAAACUUAGCUAUCAAAAUAAGUUAACUUUUCAGAACAAUGAACAGUAUGCCUUGUUUGAGACGCACACUGCAUUACACCUUGAGAGAGGUUAAAGUUCACCCAAACAUUGAUAUGUAUAGUCAGUUACUUCACAGAUUAGGCCAUUUGUCAGGAAGUGGAUUUCGGGCAUGUUCAUCAAAAGUUUUUGACUUAAAUCAAGUUGCAAGAUCAAAUAGAGAAAAAAGUUCAUUAGAUGGUGUUAAAAGGUCCAUAUCUCAGAAAGUUGUUAAGAAAUCAAAGCCAAAGGCCAUUAAGGAGGAAGUUACACAAACGCCAGAAGAUGAAUUGGAUAUUCCGGACUGGUUUAGUACAGUAAUGGAAUUACCAUUUUAUGCACAGGAGGAGAUUGACAGUUCAAACCAUGCGCAGUUUAAAGAGUUUGUUGAAGGCCUAGAUAUAACAUAUUUACCAUCAGUGAGCACAGUAAUUAAGCAAACAGAAUCAAAAUCCUCACAAACUGUUCUAAAAAGAUGGAAAGCUUCAAAGAUAAAAGAGCUUGGCAGCGAAGAGCAAUUUGAAAAAUAUCAUCAAGGUAUAAUAAAUGAUGGACUCAAUCUCCACAAGUGUAUAGAGAUGACCUUGAAAGGUGAGGAAGAUGUCAAGGUCAAGGGCUCACAUGAAGGUCACUGGGAAAGUGUUAAAACAGUGUUGGGAGAUGUUAAGAAUGUGAAAAGCCUGGAGAGUGAUUGUGUUCACCCAGAAGUGUUCUAUAGAGGAAAAUUUGACUGUAUUGCUGAAUUUAGGGACACGUUAUGUUUGAUUGAAUGGAAGACCUCAAGCACCCUCAAGCCAUUAUUGAGUGCUACAUAUGAUAACCCUCUACAAGUUGCUGCAUAUAUGGGUGCUGUGAACAGAAGUGGAAUUCUCAAGCAGUUAGAUAUACCCAACGUGACAAAUGGUGCUCUGGUGUUUGCCUAUGGUACAGGUGAGCCAGCUACAGUUCAUAUGAUGUCCCAGAAGAUAUGUGAGAAAUACUGGAGGAAGUGGAAGCAGAGACUGUAUCUUUACUGGGUUCAACAAUACCAGAAUUCUUUAGAGAAUUGAAAUAAGUAUUGGUACACAGUAUGUUAAGUAGAAUUGAGUGAUUUUUAUUGGCUAAAAUGUAUGCCCCCCGUCCCCCAGCUUGAUCUGACAGUUUGUUUUGAAAUGAUAUAUUGAAACAAUCUGUCUGGAAUAAAUUUUCCAGUUAAGCAAAAUCUUGUGAUAUGUGAAAUGUCAUUGGUGCUGUGAUAUGUUGAAUAUCGUACAUUUUGUGUUGUGGACAUUGACCAUUGUUACACGUGUAUGGAGACUACAGUCAAGUUAGGCCAUUGUUAAUUGUAACGACUUUGGACAUUUUUAAAGUGCAAGACAAGUGACAGGUAGUGACAAUAUCUGUGUCAGAACUGAAUACUAUUUAACAAAAGACAUAUUCCUAGUGAAAAAUGUGCAACAGAGUGUUUUAAAGAGCUGUUGAUCAAGAUAACAAGAUAAGUUAACUUCACUCAAGUAAAGGUACACACAUUAGAACUAUGAUCUAUUAGAUGAGGCUGGGUAAGUGAUAUUAUAUAGAGAUAGGCAUGUGUUGAACUGUUAUUAUAUAUUAGGUAGGAUAAUUUCACAAUAGUUUAUACAUUCCUAGUGUUCAAUAAGAAAACAAAAACAGGAUUGGGUUCAAUUAAUCCUGAUUUUGUUUUAAUUCCUUAAAGCAGCAUGCCUCCAGAUUUGUGUAAGAAAUCUUGUUAACUGUACAAAUUUGGUUAAUUUAGUUUAAAAUACUAUCUGCUAAAAUUAUAACCUGUCCAAAAGUAAAGGCUGAAAUUUCACUUGCUCAGCAAGUAAAGUUGUAGAGGUG